AUGUCGUUCAAUCCAUUUCUAGGUCUACCUGAAUUAGCAAUAUUUCCAACGUAUUUGUCGACGCCGAAUGCAGCAUUAGCAACAUCAUCACCAGCAACAUCAACAUCAAAUAGCUCAACAAGUCAUCAUCAUCAUCACCAUCACCAUCAUCAUCAUCAGCAGCAGCAGCAACAUCAACAUCAUCAUCAUGCAAUAGCAGCAGCAGCAGCAGCAGCAGCAGUAGCAGUGGCAUCACAGCCACCACAGCCGACACCACAAACAGCAGCAGUAGCUGCAGCAGUAGCACCAUCAUUCUCAUCAUUACCCGGUCCGACGGGUUUUUUUCCACGUUUACCAAAUGAUUUAACUGAUAUAACACGUCGAAUAACAAAUCAUAAUGCUGCUAAUAAUAUUAAUGAUGAUGGUAUUAUUGAUGAUCCGAAAGUUGAAUUAGAUGAUAAAAAUUUAUGGGACCAAUUUUCACAAUGUGGUACUGAAAUGGUUAUUACUAAAUCUGGCAGGCGAAUAUUCCCCGCAUUUAAAGUAAAGUUAUCUGGAUUAGACAAAAAAUCGAAAUAUAUCUUAUUAAUGGAUAUAGUACCAUCAGAUGAAUGUCGCUAUAAAUUUCAUAAUUCUCGGUGGAUGAUUGCUGGUAAAUCGGAUCCAGAAAUGCCGAAACGUAUGUAUGUGCAUCCCGAUAGUCCAGCAACUGGUGAACAUUGGAUGAAUAAAGGAGCGAAUUUUCACAAAUUAAAAUUAACUAAUAAUAUUUCGGAUAAGCAUGGCUUUGUUAGUUUUUUUCGAUCAAUUAAUACUAUUUAUAAUAUUAUUAACUGUAGCAACCAUUUGUUAAUUAUAAUUGCAAACUUUAAAAAUUAUUUAAAAAGAAAGAAUCUGAAAAAAGAAUUUGCUGAUAAAUAA